AUGACGGGCGGGUCCGGGCGGCAGGGGCACAUCCGCGUGGUGCACCCGGGGUGCCGCAACAGCGACAACGAGCGCGGGGCGGAGCACGGGCACGGGCCCGGGCACAAGCGCCCCGACCUCCGCCGGUGCUCCCUGCCGCCGCCCGUGGCCGCGAGCGAGGCGCACGACCCCCACAAGGCGAAAGACGACCUCGCGGACCUCGCGCAGGCCCGGGCGGACGCGCGGCGCGACGAGCGCGCGUUCGGGUACCGGCGGGACUUUAGCGCGCAGUACGAGCUGCAGGACGUGGUGGGCACGGGCGGGUUCGGGAAGGUGUUCGCGGCGAUCGACCGCGUGACGGGGAUGCAGGUGGCGGUCAAGGUGAUCGCGAAGGAGUACACCGGCGACGGCGCGGGGCCCGAGCGGCAGGCGAAGCACAUGGCCUCCAUCCGGAACGAGGUCACCGCGCUCCUGCGCCUGCGCGGGACGCUCAACGUCGUGCACCUGUACGGGGCGUUCGAGGACGACGAGAACGUGUACCUCGUGACGGAGAUGUGCCGCGGCGGCGAGAUGCUGCACCGCAUCGGGGAGCGGCCGUACACGGAGCGCACGGUCGCGUCGUUCAUGCGCGCCGUGCUGCGGACGCUCGCGCAGUGCCACGCCAACAACAUCAUCCACCGCGACGUCAAGCCGGGCAACUUCAUGUUCCUCGACGACUCAGACCACGCGCGCGUCAAGGCGAUCGACUUCGGGCUGGCCGUGCCGUUCGAGGACGAGGACCUGCCGCUGGACAACCUGGGCUUCGACGGCACGCCGUGGUUCAUGGCGCCGGAGAUGCUGCGGUCGGAGGUGGUGCCGGCCACGGACGUGUGGGCGGCGGGCGUGAUGGCGCACCAGCUGCUCACGGGGCGGUUCCCGUUCAACGACCGCAAGAACCCGAUGAGCCCGAGCCUGAGCCUGGUGUGGCGGUCCAUCCUGAUGGACGAGCUGUCGUUCAACAAGCCGUACUGGGCCGACAUCUCGGACGAGGGCAAGGACUUCGUGCGGCGGCUGCUGCAGAAGGAGCCCGGGGACCGCCUGACGGCGAAGGAGGCGCUGCAGCACCCGUGGCUCGCGCAGGACGACGUGACGGCGCGGCACGACCGGAAGGAGAAGCCCAUCAGCAGCAGCAUCGUGUCGCGCAUCCAGCGGUACUCGCACCGCGCGGUGCUCAAGCGGACCGUGCUCGAGCACAUCGCCGAGGAGAUCCUCUGCACGCCCGCGAAGAACCCCGACGACAUCGACAUCCCGCGCCAGGUCCAGGACAAGCUCGCCAGCAACACCCACGCCCCCAGCGGCAACGCGCUCAUGUACGGCUCGGGGCCGCUGUCCGUCGCCGAGGAGGGCGACACCGCGACGCCGUUCGCCGAGGGCGGCAGCUCGGAGGGCGGCUCCGGGAGCGUCAAGUACCGUCGGCUGGGCCACAGCCGGCAGUGCAUGUGCGAGGACUGCCUGCUGCUGGACCGCUCGGUGCACAAGGUGCUGCGGGCGUUCAACUUCGACCGGCGCGCGGCCAUCUCGCGCGAGGACCUCGGCCGGACGCUGCAGCAGCUCGGGUACGACCUCGCGGACCAGGAGCUGCAGCACCUGAUGUGCAUCCUCGACGGCGCGCACGUGGGCGAGGUCAACCGCGGGGCGUUCGCGGCGUCGCUGAUCGACUGGAAGGCGUUCCAGCGCAACUGCACGGACCAGUGGCUCGAGCACCUGAAGCGGGCCUUCGCGGAGAUGGACCAGGACGGCGACGGGUGCAUCUGGGUGGAGGACAUGCUCAAGGUGCUGCGGAACAAGCUGCCGCCGCAGGAGCUGGAGCACGCGGUGGAGCACGCGCUCGUCGACGCGGGGUGCCGCGAGCAGCGCCACAUGAACUUCGAGGACUUUGCGCGCAUGAUGCACUCCCCCUCGGCCGACGCGCUCGACAACCUCGACAUCUACGACGACCGGCAGACGACGCGCAUCGAGGACCUCCUCGACCGCACCAUGCGCGGCGCCAACCAGCUCGGCGGACUGCAGCCCGUCAUGGAGGCCGAAGCGCACCUCCCCCCCCCCCCACCAGCGGAGGCCCCUCCGCGCAGAUUCUCGCAACCUACCCGCCCCUAG